UAAAGUGGGAAACAAAGGACGUGUUGAAGGUUCAAUAUGCAAUGCCUACCUAACUGAGGAGACAACGAACUUCUGCUCCAACUACUUUCAGCUCGGGGUUGACACAAAAUCAAGGGACUUAGGAAGAAAUGUCAAUCCUGAUGUUGCUAGCACACAUGGUCUUGGUGUCCCCGAGUUGUUCAGGGAAGACUGCGGUCGACCGGGAACAGAUGGACGUUUGCGAUGGUUGCAAGACAAGGAGUACGAUCGAGCACAUCUUUACGUACUUGCAAACAGUGGCAUCUUAAGUGAUUAUGAAAGGCGAUUCGAGGAUUAUAUUGUCAAUUCAAGACCGAACAUUGCUAAGGAUGAUGUGUGGAGCAAAUGCGAAGCCGAGUUCCCUAGUUGGUUCAAGACAAAUGUCCUUGGUGCCAUGAUAAGUGACGAUGUCACUCGAGCUCUUGCUAUGGGUCCUUCCAGACAAGUGACAAUGUGGAAUCAGUUUUUUGUGAAUGGAUAUAACUUUCAUACACAGGAAUAUGGCAAGAAUAAGUCAACUAUGAACUAUGGUGUAUGUGUACAAGCUGCUGAUAGAGCUGAUUACUUUGGCAUUUUAGAGGAGGUUAUUGAACUGGUGUACCAUGGUAAUUUGGGUGUUUAUAAGAUAAUUUUGUUCAAGUGCAAUUGGAUGGACUCAGACAAAGGUAAUAUGAACAUUCAUGAACAAUACAAACUUGUGGAAGUCAAUCACACAAAAAAAUACCCAAAAUAUGAUCCGUUUGUAUUGUCGUACCAAGUUAGCCAAGUAUACUACGCGCCGUAUUCCAGUCUUAGGAGGGAUAAAGUGCAAUGGUGGGCUGUAUUUAAAACGAAGGCAAGGUCCGAAGUUGAUGCCCCGGUUGAUUUGGAUGUUCUCCAGGAGGAAAGAGUUGAUACCGCUGCAGUUCUUUGUGCUCCGGAUGAGAUACCAGAUUAUGAUGCUGGUGACGACAACAAUAAUGAUGAGAUCAUGGAAUUUGAGGCGCCGAAUGAACAAGGAGAACCAGGUGAAUAUGAAAGCAGCGACGAGACUGGUGAUUUGACUGACGAUGAUGAUGAUGACGAGGAUGAUUUGUUUGAUGACGUUUAGUGUAUUUUGUUACCUUAUGUAGUUUGCUUUUGUUGUAAGACAAUAUGUUUGUCAUUUUAUCGCUAGUGCAGACCUCUAUGUGU